AUGGAGGCACCGCCCAAAGCCCGCGGACCCGGCCGUUCAGGGCCUCGCCGCCGCACAGGCUGCCUCACCUGUCGAGCUCGCAAAGUCCGCUGCGACGAGACGAAACCAACCUGCGCCAAUUGCACUCGUCUGCGGUUGCAAUGUGUCUACAAGAGUGUUAUCAUACCGGGAAUGCGCAUACCCCGGGCUCAGUCGGCACGCGCGAGGUCGGCAUCAAGUACGACUGCGGCUGAAGCGUCGCCCGAGUCAAAUGAUGGGGUUAUAGGGACCGGUGUCAGAGCGAGCGAGAAUCGGCAUCGCAGGCCUCAGCAAGUUACGCCGUUUCCAACCUUUAGUCCCAGUGGGCCAUCUCCUGAUUUCAACCCACCCUUUGACAUGCUAGGAUUCAUUGGCGAAAUCACCUCCGAUUUUCAGCAAAAGCAUCACGAUCUCACGAACGGGGAAACUAUUGUGGCCUCCUCGGCGGCUAUGCAAGAGAUAGACGGCGGCCACCUUUUCGACCAACGCCAUGUUGCUUGGGAUUCUGGGGAGGUGGAAAUGGGUAGUCCUGGGAUUGGGGUCGUACCCGACCCAACCUCGCCUCAGGGGACUAUCGGAAUAGGAGUCUGGGAGGAACAACUGCUGCAGCAUUUCCGCGAGAACGAAGCACCACCUACAAUAUUCGCACCAGUCGACUUGGAGUGGAGAUAUGUGAGAGAUACUAUUUUCGCUGAGUCGAAUCGGAGCGCACCCGGUUGUCAUGCGAUUCUGUUGGCUGUAUACUGCUACUCAGACAUGCAUUUGGCGUGGGUAGACCGCAAACAACCGAAAAUGGGUCCAACCUACCAUGCUCAAGCGAGUUCCGAGAUUCAGGCUUUUCUGCUGGGGGAUCCAAAUGAAGUAUUGCUGAAGAGGGUGCUUAUGAGUGUGCUGCUGCUGAUGUUGGCUGAGGUAUGCCCGUCCUUUUCUACACCUUACUCCAAGAGAACAAAGCAGGACAUAUGCGCCUAUAUUGACAGAAAGCAGCUCAUAUCCCCCGAAACCUGGCGCCCAGCGGUCCCUUACCUACACACCUCUUACCUUCUCCUCCGACGCUUCCAACCGCAGAUUGAAUCCUGGACAGGUCUCGCGCAUUUCAUCGCGUCAUGUGUUUCUCUCCUCGACGUCAAAGCACUGAUCGCCGGACGAGACGGCGAGCCCCUCGCUGAAUUAGGAGACCUCACCUCCGAAAACAAUACCAUCUCUACCCCUACUACCUCCCCCCCAGACUCAGCCGAGGAUGAUCUUUUUGCAACAACUCCACCCCCAGCAUACAUAGUAACCCGCACCAUCACCUCGCCAGCCUUCACCUUUUUUCUCGCAACACAGCAAGUCACCCGGCGCAUCAUUAUGAUAGACCUCCACCACCGCAGCCGAGGAACGGUAUCCGACGAAUUCGAAGUGCUACAGAUCGCACAUGCUAUUUCCGCAGACCUCGAGAGUCUCUGGAACAAAAGGCCAAGAAUACUGGACCUCUACGAGCUCUCCUCGUCACAAUUGACAUCUCCCAGCAAGGACGGGAAAGCGUCGCUGCUCGAAGUAUUGGCACCACCACUCGCAGUGAGAAUCGUCAGCACGUUUCGCUCCUAUGUCGCGAAUUUCCUGGCAUUGUUUAUAUACCUUCACCGCGUGGCGUUCGCCAUAUAUCCACGCACGGAUAGGGUAUAUGCAGCCGUAGACCAGAUUAUUAGGCUGGCGAAGGAGGAGAGUUCUUCCCUUACCUCCAGUUCUACAAAUAGCAACUCCAAUAGCCAUGAACCUCCCUCAGAAUCCGGCACAGAACCAAUCCCCAUAAGCUUCCUCUGGCCGCUCUUCAUCGCGGCCCUUGAAGGUUCAUUCGAGCAGCGCAGUUGGAUUGCGAACGAGAUCCAGCGUAUGGCAUCAUUAGCCCCCCCAGCUCAUCCAAAUGCAGGCAAGGCCCUUCUACUUCUUAAAGAGAUGAUGAGACGCCAGGAUGCGUCGAGAACUUGGGCGGACUCGAAGUGUGUGCGGAGGGAGCUUUUUACGGAUUUCUUUGUUAUGAUAUAA